GGCCAACUUUCUUUUCUGUCACGACUCCCAAAGUCUCAAUACACGUUUAUUUUUUCGUUAAAAAAAAAAUUAAAAAACAAUAAUUAAUUAAAAUGGGCUUUGAAAAUAUUUGGUACAGCCACCCACGUAAAUACGGCCAAGGAUCAAGAUCAUGCCGUUCAUGUGCCAAUAAACAUGGUAUCAUCCGUAAAUAUGGCUUGAACAUCUGUCGUCAAUGCUUCAGAGAAUACGCCACUGAUAUUGGCUUCAAGAAGCUGGACUAAUUGAUUAUUCAAUAUUAUUUAAUCCAAAUUGUACAACAUUAUGUUUUGAUUAAUUAAACAAAAAAAUUAUAAAAAAAUAUCA